UCAGUCAAGUCUGUAACUUCUCUUUACGGCCUGUGGACAGUCAUGUGAUCAUCACCGUCCACACAGCAGUCGAGCGAGAGCGUCGUGGAGUCUGCUGAACUUUAGUCGUUUUACAGAAAAUUAGUUCAUAAACCUCGAUAUACAUAGAUUAAAUAAUGGCGAGCACAUCUUUCGUGAUUGCUGUAUCAGUUAUGACUGUCUUGUGGGGUCUUGUUGGUGGAGUUAUUCCGCUUUUUAUUCCCAAAGGACCGAAUCGAGGAGUCAUUGUGACCAUGUUGGUACUGACUGCAGUUUGUUGCUACCUGUUCUGGCUUAUAGCUAUUCUAGCACAGCUGAACCCAUUGCUUGGACCAACACUUAGCAAUGAUACCAUCUGGUACCUCUUCUAUCACUGGCCAUAGGGUCUAUUGCUGGAUUCAUUGGUCCCUUUACAAACCAGAUGCUGGAAGUUUGUAGAUUGCCAAAAAUAAGAGAACAUUUCGCCGUCGCUUUCUCUACAAGGGAAAACACCUUUCGAUUCAAGAUUUACAUGCUGUUCUCUGAAGAAUGACGACCAAAUGCCUGUUUGUGGAAUAUGAUUUGUGCUGAUAUAUUUAUUUGAGCUCAUGUUCAAGGAAAGAAGCCAAUAAAUGCUUUGCCUUUUUUGUUUUAUGAGUAUUGUACUUUGUGCAGUGUUAAAUUACAUGAUCGUUAGACUAGCUUUUUAUUUGUAUGAUUCUGUAUGUAAAAUAAAUAAAUGAAUGAGGAGAGGAAAUGUUUUUUUUCAUGAUUUACAGCUGUGUCCAGUUUUUUAAAAGCACAGUUUAAUUGGUGCAACACUUUAUAUCGACUUCAUCUGCUGGAGAAAGUUACACCGAUACAUUAAAAGCAUUAAAGAGGCAAAUUGGUUAAAAAAUGGCUUUAAAAAUCACACAGACAAUCUGAGAUGACUGCCAAACCAUAUCA